GGGUUUAGGAGACUCACAAUUCUUCUAUAAUUCAUUGGGUACAUGUACAAACCAAAAGCUUGAAAGAGUUUGAACCUAGCCAAGCCGUUUUGCAUUGUAUUUGGCAGGCUUGCCUUGAGUACCCUGGUCUGUUUCUUUAGGUCCAUAAACAGCAAUAGUUUAUAGUUGCAAAGAUAUUUUCAUUCCAAACCUUAUCUUCAAGAUGGAAGACUCCACAUGGGAGCAGAAACUACACGCCCUAACCCACAUCCUAACCAGCCCCACAACGACACCAUCCCUCUAUUCGCAAUUCUUCAUCUCCACACAAAUUCCAUGCUACAUCCACUGGGAUUACCCACCUGUCUUCUGUACCAAUGGCACAAGAACCUUCCCUUCUCUCCAUCUAAGGUGGGUAUACUAUCUCUUUCUGAAAAGGGUAUCCAAAUUUGGGCUGCCUGAGACUUCUUGGAGGUCUAAAUGCCCAUACCAAGUGCCCCCACCCCUGAUUCUUGCAAAGGGACUAGAGGAAGCACAGUGGGGUGAUGAGCAAAGAAGAGAGUAUGUCAGGAAAAGGCUGAGAAGGAAAAGACUUGGUAGCAAUAUUCAUCCUUCUAUUCCUAUUUUAAUUCCCAAUCUCUUCUUGUUUUCACUUCUGCUCUGGAACCCAUUUCCUUAUCUGGAUUCUUAAAAGGAAAAGGAAAAAAGGAAAUAUUUCGAGGGUCUGUAACAUUUUCUUUUCGAACUGGUGGGUUUGUUACAUAUGUGUUCAAUUUCAUAUUAUGAUUUUGCAUUAUUAGUAAUUCUGGUAUGCUUUUAAUUUUGAAUUUUGAUAAAUCUUUUGUGGUUAAGUUUGGCUGGAAAAAAGGAAUGACAAAAAAUUAUGUGGCAUCUGUGGAUCAAGAAA